GAAUCUAGGGAACAGACCGCGACGGGCACUCACGAGCCGUUUCAGAAGAAGGCAAAACAAUCGGGUUGGUCACGGCCGGCGGGGAUGCCGGAUAUCAAGGCGGUGGCGGCGAAGUUGCUGGACCGGAGCAGGAGGAAGGAGGUGGAGAGCCGGCAACGGGAGACGGCGGCGAGUUCAGCUGGAGGAGGUGCGUCAUCUGCCAUCGCCACCAUCGUCGAUCGGCCGCUCCCUAUCCGCUUCCCGCCGUGGAAUGCUUCGCUGGAAGAUAUGCACAAAUGGAACCUGGAGCGCAGGAGGAUCGACAAGCUCGUCGGAAAAGAUCCUCGCACCAAGCUUCUUGAAAAUCUUCCUACCCUGAGAAAGCCAAAGGAUCCUGACACCCGCGACGCUGUGGCCAGCUCAAGAGACAAGAGGAGAUGGUUCUCUCAUGAAAAUCAAUCACGUCUGUUUCCAGAUGGGAAUUUCAUUUGGCAAUGCACUGGCAUUGUUGUCGGUUGGGACGAGGCCAAGAAGUGCGCUAGAAUAUUGACUAAUUAUGACAUUGCCAGCGACACUGGUGCAUUGCUUGAUCCCAAGCCCAAGAUACAUGUUCGCUUGCCAAAUAAGAUUGUCUCAGAGGGGCAACUUCUGUUCUUCAAUAAACACUAUAAUAUUGCUCUACUAGAGAUCACGGCAGAUUUUCUGUUACAGCUCCCUUCUUUUGGAUCAAGCCCAAACUAUGGUCAAGAGGUUUUUGUGUUGGCUAGGGACGAAGAUUCGUUCUUGUUGGCUAGGCAUGGGACAAUCGUGUGGAUAGAUGAACCAGAUUAUUCGUCAUGCAACUACCAUAUGUUUCUCAGCUGCGAACUCCCUGGGGGGGCGGCAAUUGACCAUAACGGCAAUGUUAUAGGGAUGGCAUUCGAUUGUUUCAAAGAAUAUCCUGCUAUGCUUGUGUCCAUCUCUACGAUCCUCACAUGCAUUGAAAUGUGGAUGAAGUUUAGUCGUAUUGCUCGCCCCAUUAUGCAAGGUUUGCGCUUAAGGUCAGUGGAAUUGUUGGAUGUGUCAAGCAGAGAGGAGAUAUCUUAUAGCUACAACAUUAACAGUGGUUACAUUGUUGAUACGGUACGAUUUAACUCUACUGCAGAGAAGUUGGAAGAUCUUCUUCUCUCUCUUGGUUGGGAAUUCCUAGAGAGGGGCUUUGGUGCAAGCACCGUGGUAGAUUUUAAGCUUGAAGUUUAUGAUCCCAUUGGACAUAUCACGAGAAGCAUAAUCUUGCCUGUAGGAUUCUGUGACGCUCAGGUAAAAUCUUUUAUGGAAACUGUUCUAGCACUUCAUAAACCUGCUUGCUUGCACAAUGGCAACUAG